UCUUCCUUUAUCGGCGGCGGUAAAUUAGAGCAACGGAAUCCGAUCUUCGUCUCCAAAUCCAGCAGGCAAUUUGUUUCUCGGUCUAAAAUUAGGCAAGGAAUUAAUCCUAUCUGCAACUUUAUCUGAUCGAAAGAAAGCCACCUCCAUGGAGUCUGCAAGUUUGAAAAUGAUAUCAGAUUGCUUCAUCAAACCAAAAUUCGUAUCAGAAGAAGCUAAAAAACCAACUUACAUGGCCCCAUGGGAUCUCGCCAUGCUCAACCUAACUUACAUUCAAAAGGGUCUCCUCUACUCCUUGCCCCCCCAAACCAAAAAAGACUUCUCCACGGCCGACUUCCUGCACCGUCUCAAAGACUCCCUUUCCGACACACUCACUCAUUUCCACCCACUCGCCGGCCGUUUAGCCACCGUAAAACAAACAAACCCGCCUUCUGUGGUCAUCUUCAUCAACCCGGAGAACAGUCCGGGGGCAAGAUUCAUACAUGCCUCGGUCAACUUGGCGAUUGAUGAUCUUCUUACACCCACCGAUGUUCCGCUGAUCAUGGAAUCGUUUUUCGAUCAUCACAAGACUAUCGGUCACGAUGGGCACCAGAAGUCGUUGGUGUCGAUUCAAGUCACGGAACUUGUUGAUGGAAUCUUUGUCGGUUGUUCAAUGAGCCACACGGUGGCUGAUGGAACUUCCUUCUGGCAUUUUUUCAACUCGUUAUCGCAAGUGUUCCUGUCCAAACCGAUCGCACCUCCUGUUCUCAAGCGAUGGGUUCCGGAAGGAUGCGACCCGAUCAUCUCCCUCCCCUUCGCCCAUCAAGAUGAAUACGUCAACAGACCAAAUCCGCCAUUGGUACGACAGCGAAUCUUCCAUCUUAACUCAAAUGCUAUGGCUAAACUCAAAGCAAAAGUGAACUCAGAAUGCAGCACCACAAGGAUAUCCACUUUACAGACGCUCUUGGCAGUGAUAUGGCGGUGCGUGAUCCGGGCCAGGCGGUUUCCGGCUGAAAAAGAAACCUCUUGCAAAUUGCCGGUGAACGUCAGAAGCAGGAUGUCACCACCUUUGCCAGAACACUACUUCGGUGUUGCGAUUCAAACCGUGGGAAUAAAAACAACCGCCGGGGAGCUGCUGGAUCACAGUAUCGGGUGGGCGGCGAAGCAAUUGCACGAGUUGGUGGUUAACCAUGGGGAUAAACAGAUCCGUGAGUAUGCGGAAUCAUGGGUGAAGAAUCCGAUUGUGCAUAAAAUGGACGUGAUUUAUGAUGGGGUUGGUGUAAGUAUGUCGAGUUCACCAAAGUCUGAUAUGUACGGUGUUGAAUUUGGGUUGGGGAAAGGAGUGGCGGUGUUGUGUGGGAAUGCGAUGAAGUUUGACGCCAAGGUCUCCUUGAACGCCGGACGGCCACGCGACGGUGAAGGACUUAUGGAUGUGGAUCUCUCCCUGCUACCGGAAACCAUGGCGCUUUUUGAAACUGACCAAGAGUUUAUGAGUCUUGUGCAGCUCUAGUAAUGUUCUUCCUACUUGCGAUUUCCCUCGUCCUUUCAAGUUUGGAAUUUGUUUUAGAAGAAAAAAAAUGUUAAAACUUCAUUGUGAUAUGCAUGAUUGAUUAUGAAUAACGCAGUACUUUUGUUAAAA